AUGGAUCGUAUCAAAAAAAUACUUAGUACCAAUUUAGUCACAGGUGGAAUUGGCUUUAUAGGCAGCCAUGUUGCGGCAGUUUUUCUAGAAGCAGGAUAUGAAGUCCUGAUCAUAGAUAAGUCAAGUAAAAAAAGGGGAAUUCAACAUAUCAAAGACAUCGUCGGCUUAAGUGAAAAAUCUAAGAAACUACUAUUUUUUCAGAUCGACAUGCUGAAUUAUGAUGCUUUGCUAGAAGUGUUUCUGUCUAACACUGAUAUUGAUGCUGUGAUUCAUCUCGCUGGACUGAAGUCAGUGGCAAAAUCCAAUUUCUGUCCACUACUCUAUUAUCAAAACAACUUAGUUUCAAGCAUCAAUUUGCUUCGAGUAAUGGAAGAUACAGGCGUGAAUAAAUUACUUUUUUCGUCCUCGGCAUUCGUAUACGAAGAAUCGGAUACACAGAUUAGCGAGAAUGCCAAGCUGAUGCCAAAAACACCUUAUGCUUCGAGCAAAGCUAUGAUUGAAAAAAUUAUGAGUGAUGUGCAAAAGUCAGCUCCUGAGUAUUGGCAUAUUGGUUGUAUGCGAUAUUUCAAUCCAGUUGGUGCUCACCAGUCUGGAAAAAUAGGGGAAGAGGUGACCAACGAAUCUUGCAAUUUGGUGCCUAUUAUAGCUCAGGUUGCAGCAGGAGAAAAACAGUGCGUGACGAUUUUUGGCGACGAUUACGAAACACGUGAUGGAACAACUAUUCGAGAUUACGUUCACAUAACCGAUCUUGCCUAUGGACAUAUAUCUGCACUUAAGAAAAUAGCAGAGAAACCCACAUAUUGUGUUUACAAUAUAGGCACUGGCAUUGGAACAAGUGUCAUUGAAAUGAUAAAAUUUUUUGAGAAAGUCAGUGGAUGCAAAAUACCGUACAAAAUUGGUAAACGCAGAGAAGGGGACUUGAAAAUGUUGGUGGCAGACCCUAGUAAAUCUUUGGCUGAGCUCAACUUAAAAUGUGAGAAAUCAGUCCUAGAAAUGUGCGCGGACUUUUGGAAAUGGAAACAAAUAGGUGAAAAAGACAUUUAAACUAGAGGCACGUAAUAUUUUUCAGUUAAGUUGAUUCAAAUAGCGUCUAAGAGAGUAAUGUAUAUUAGUGAAUAGUAUCCUUGUGGACAUCCUUGGAUGUUGACAGAAAAACUGAAAGUGUGUACAAAUAAAUAUGGCUUACCUGAUGCGAACGUGUUUUAUAUCAGGCUAAAGUACUAGAUAACUAAUGGACUCUGCAAUUAUGAAAGGCUAGAAUUAAAUUUGAAGACACUACUUAGCCAGUUUGAGCUUUAAAAUCAAGGCAAGAGAAGGAGAUAUGUUUAAAAUUAUCAGCCUAAAAUUCUGGAAGACAUCUUGAACUUGUGUUACUCAGUCUGUCAAAGAAGGUCCGGUACAAUGACAUCUUUAGAAAGUCAGUGGAACAGUUCAAUGUCAACAAAUUUUUUGAAAAUGUAACAACCUUUGA